CUCGACUGAGUCGACUCUAUGCUCGACUCAGCUCAUUCAUAUCAGCAGCUUGCCAGCUUGCAGCUAGCUUCUCUAGCUAGCCUAUUAUGGCUAGCUAGCUGGCCACAAUAGGCGACUGGCCAUAAAUCUACAUGUCACUGGGUCAUUUUUGCCGAAAUCUAGGCUACAAUGGGUAAUAUUACAUCAUUUAAAAGGUGUCGAGGGGCUGCUGAUCUGAGUGCUGAUCUUUCCAGGCAGUGGGAUCAGUAUGAGCAUCGUUUAAAUCGAUGGCGAUCUGCGUCUGGAAAGUUAAAGGAAAAUUUAGAGCCAAGUACUAUGUGGCUGAUUCAGGAAGUGGCUGAUACCGGUCUUUUUUCUAGCCUUAAUCAAGUUAAUGUGGGUGAUUUAUCGAAAUACAUUGAAAAAUAUGUUGCUGUCAUUAAAUCCAAUAUAGAAACAGCUUAUCAAGUAAUGCGUGAUAUUACCUCAUAUAGCAUCAAGGAGAUGGCUGCUAAUGAUUAUCAAAUGCAAUGCUUCUGGUCACUUGCCGUCUCGUUUCACUCAUUUGAUUGUAGAAUUAUGCCACCCCUCAGUUUAUUAAAAGAAAUUAAUGCACUCAGAUUGAUGUUUGAAACGGUGUAUCAAAGAAUACAUGAAUUUCUGAACAUACAUAAGCACAGCACAUAUAUGUUUUAUAAGGAGGAACUUGAAAUUCUUGAUGAAUUGAAAGAAGCUGAUGCUUUUACUGUUAAGUUACUACAAAAAGCAGAGUAUGUUGCACGUUUCAUUAGUGAACUACCUUCAGAGUACAUGUAUGUACUUAACUCAGAUGAAUUUAUUUACAAAAUCUUGAACCCCGUCAUUAGUAGUGUAAGGGACCGGAUCUCCAAGCUCAAUGAAUUGAUGCAAGCAACUGUCAAAUAUGCCGAGUUUAUUAAUGAAAUGGCACAUAUUAUAGUAAUGCAUAUCUCCAUCAUUGCUCUCUUGCUGUUUAUCUGCCAACCCUCUCCUGCAUCUGCUACUGAUAUGAAGCAGUUGACGAUAUUUGCCACUGUUAUCCACCUGAUCAUAUCUGGAGAUGUUGAGAGCAAUCCUGGACCAUUUGGUGCAAGAGAUCUCUUGAGAAAGGAGCCAAAGAUUUCUGAUCUCCAUAGAAUAUUUAUUCAAUCUGAUGCUGCAUGUUACUGGAAAACCAUCGGUAUAGCAUUAGAAGUCAAAGUGAAUGACCUGGUCAUUAUUUCAAAUGAAACAGAAAGUAAUCUUGGAUUUGUCUUUGAAAGGUGGAGACAGAAAUAUGAAGAUGUCACAUGGGAAAGGAUUAUUCAAGUUUGUAAAGAUUACGAGUACGGGAGAGUUUGUCAUGCCAUCUCUAAGUUUUUGUCAUCUCGUGAAGCACACAGCACGUAUGGAAGUGAACCUGACUUUGACUCUACUUACACUGGAAGCAUGACAAUACGCAAGGAGAAUGAAAAUGGAUAUUCAACGAAAACAGUCCAUGGACUACUGAUCAUACUGAUUGCCAUCAUCAUAGUCCUGUGCAACAUCAUUUAUCAAAUGCGGACUGAAAUCUGUCAAUGCUAAAACAAAACUGCUGCAAUUCUACAUGUAAAUAACACUGCUGUGAUUUUAUAUGUAAAUAACACUGCUGUGAUUGUAUUAUGAACUGUUUGUUGUAUCCUGUAUGUAUUGUUUUAUUGUGCUGACAUAUUAUUUUAUUAUCGCAAGGAAAUUUUUAUUACACCAAAAUUGUGGCUCUUUCUCUUUAGCUUUUUUUUCUUUUUUUGACUGUACCUUGUUGAGAAUAUUUCUUUAAUUACCUUCACAAAACAUAAUGCAGUUUUAUUGUAUGAAGUACUGUUUAUAUUGUUUGACAUUUUGUUUUUUCCUCACAAAUUUUAAAGCCAA